AUGACGUCUGAACGGACUGAAUCAACCUCCACUUUAACGGACUCCGCUGCGAUGAUUCCCGCCAAGAACUCCGGCCAGGUCUCGGAGCCCGACACCGACGCCAAGUCGAAAGCUCAACCUUCUCAGGUCCGCUUCUCGUCCAUCACAGAGGAAAUCGCCCCAUCCCGGUCGGAAUUAUCUCCUGUUCCCGAAGUGCAGCCUCAACAGAAACCUCCAACUGAGGAGGAACAGCUACGGUCGCUCGCCAUGAGUCUACAGGGCACACAGCUUCAGGAGUCACGGGCUCGGAACUUCUCGUUUGACCCCAUGUCUCUACCUUCCUCAAGGGUCGCUUCUCGAGAAUCGAGUCGCAGUGGACCUGGCACCGGCUCCUUUGCCUCCCCUCAUGCUUCACCCCCCGUUUCUGCUGUACAAUCGCCCCCUCUUACUCCCGCCGCGACCCAUUCCCGUGAAGGCAGAGCCGGUGACACUGCCUCCCUAACUUCCGCAACGCGACCUCACGUGCAGACCAAUUUCACCCCCGAUGCAUCACCGUCAGUUGGCUCAGUUGAGAAGAACGGCACUUCUCGGCCUUCAUCGCAUUCGUCCAGGCCUCCAUCUACCGAUCAGCUACCUAUCCGUCAAAGUGAGGGGUCGGAUCGUCCAGAACAUGUCGCCCAGCUUCCGCGACAUCGCGCGCAAUUCUUCAUUGGAAAUGACGGGGGCUCACAGGAAGAAAGCCCCCCUGCCACUCCGAGGGAUUCUCAUACCCCGCCGGGGGCUAUGACCCCGGUCGGCGAACCAAAUGACCCAUAUGCGCGCCACAAGCGUCCCCCUCAGCCGAAAAAUCUCGCCCAGUUGGACCCUCGUUUCAUUUUCAGCAGCCGAGAUGUGAAGCGGUCAUUCCGCCCUGGAACCCCCCGAUCCGCCAGCGCGAGUGAUCUCAGCAAGAACGGCGAUAAGCGAAGCAUAUUUGGUGGAAACAAAAAGGAGUCUGGGAACGAGAAGCAGCACCAUGGCCACGGCCACCACGGUUCGAUGUCUGAACUGAAGCGCUUCUUCAAGAUGGGACAUCGCAACAAGCGAUCCGAAUCCCCAUCAUCCAUGCCCAAGAAAUCAAGUCGCGGGUCUGGGAAGAAUACCCCAUAUCAAAUGGCUCCCGACAACGUUCCCUUCGCUGAUGAUCAUGGACUGAAUUCCAAGUAUGGAAAGAUGGGCAGGGUACUUGGCUCUGGUGCUGGAGGCUCCGUCCGUCUCUUGAAACGGAACAGUGACGGCGUCACCUUUGCGGUGAAGCAGUUCCGUGAUCGCCACAACUGGGAGAGUCUCAAGGAAUACUCCAAGAAAGUCACUGCGGAAUUUUGUAUCGGUUCCACCCUGCAUCAUGGCAAUAUUAUCGAGACUCUCGAUAUCAUUCAUGAAGGGACUCACUGGUACGAAGUCAUGGAGUAUGCGCCGUUCGACCUUUUCGCCAUCGUCAUGACUGGCAAGAUGGGCAAGGAUGAAAUUGCUUGCUCUUUCAAGCAAAUUUUGAGUGGUGUAGCGUAUCUGCACGGCAUGGGCCUUGCUCAUCGGGAUUUAAAGUUGGACAACGUCGUUGUCAAUGAUCGCGGUAUCAUGAAGCUCAUUGAUUUUGGAAGUGCUGUCGUGUUCCGUUAUCCUUUCGAAAACGACAUUGUUCCUGCUUCAGGCAUUGUUGGCUCGGAUCCUUACCUUGCCCCCGAGGUCUACGACGAGAAGAAAUAUGAUCCUCGCCCCACGGAUGUUUGGUCGCUGGCGAUCAUCUUCUGCUGCAUGACUUUGCGCCGCUUCCCAUGGAAGCAGCCGCGCAUGACCGACAACUCUUAUAAGCUUUUCGUUUCCAACCCUUCCCCGGGUACUCCACUCGCCGAUUCCGACCCUCGUCGUCGCCCCAAGUCGACGCCCGACCUUCCCUCUAGCGGCAACGAAAACAAGCGCCUGACCCCUCGCUCGAGCGGACCAUCUGACCAGUCCGGCUCCGAACAGAAUGGGAAUGGCAACAAGUCGGAAUCCCAGGGCGACGGCGAUCGUUCGCCGGACACGCCCACCGCUCAGAAGCAGAUCAGCCAAACCAGUGCCCACACCAAUAGGCCCACUCGCACCACCAGCAAAGAAGCACCCCCACUUCCCCCAGGAUCUACUCAGUCCUCCGGUCAGCGUCAGGAGGUUAUCAAAGGACCCUGGCGUCUUCUCCGGAUCUUGCCGCGGGAAAGUCGCUACAUCAUUGGUCGCAUGCUCAAGGUCAAUCCGAAGGAUCGGGCGACUCUCGACGAGGUUCUUUCAGAUGAAUGGGUCAGAGGCAUCCGCACCUGUCAACAGGAUGCCACUGGCGAAGUGAUCAACGACCCCGGCCAUACCCACGUUCUCGAACCUCCAUCCCAGAGUCCUGCCGUUGCCAGCAAGGGCGCCAAAGCCAAGUAA